AUGCCUAUUCCAGAAAGCCUAAGUCAUUCAGGAGUAAUGAACGGUAACCAAUGUCUGUUGACAACAGAGAGCGCCAUCUGGCGUCGUGCCGACACGACUGUAGUACUCUAUUCGCAACAGUUUUCACGAUACCAAAGAUACCAGAAAUACAAGAUUGAGCACUUGCAUAGCAAAAUUGGUCCAGGUCUCUUCGUUGAAUACGGCGUCGCGUCGGCUAGUUCUUACAGGGAGCGGGAGUUGAUUCGUCGUGCAACGGUCGUACGGCAAAAUACAAUUGAUUACAAUGAGUAUUUUUAUUUUAGUACCCUGCAAGUGUUGGCUGUAUUCCUGAUAGUGUGUGUUCUGGCUGAAUGUGUCUUUGCUGACGCCUUACCUGAUGAAAAUGAGCUUGUAGAGCAAAGAGGAAUUCAACAAGACAUAGAGCUUGUAGAGCAAAGUAGAAUUCGCCGAGACCCAGGAAGAG